GUACACCCCCGCCCACGUAUUAUUAUUCGGCUGUUUGUAACCACGCUUACACGAAGAUCGCGAACGGCCCACGAGUCUUCUGUCGGAUAAGCUCGCACCGAGCAAAUAAUGAGUUCAUUAUUCGCGGAGGAGGACGACUCGCCGCGUUCGAUCGACGGAACAGCGUAAGAGGAAGGGUUUAAUGCGACACAAGGACGAGCAUGAUUCUGGCUGGAUCAGACCAUUUUCUGGCGGUACCUGUGGAAGCGACAGCAUUUCUGGGUGCCGUUGCUGGCUUUGUGGUCCUCUUGUUGGCUCUCUUUUUGUAUUUAUCUCGCAAGUGGUGCUUCACCCCACCAUCCACGACCACACUUUUCGGAGGAGUUUGCGUGCCCCUAUGCGAAUCUAACAACAGUUCCACUUCUCAAAUUACGAAGAACAUAGGAAAGGUAUUUUCCUAUUCGGACCCAGAAACCAGUUCCGACUCGGAAGAAGACGCCCUACGUCGAUUGAAUCCACGUCCUCAUCCGCCGCCUGAUACGCUGACCAUCCAAGCGGAAGAUGGACCGACCAUCGUGGAUGCUGGAACCACUUCCAGCAGUUGCACGGAAGAACACUCUCCUGCCGAUCAACAACAGUGCGUAGUGGAAGUCGGUGCUUCGAAUAUUCUACUCGGUGCCAGAGAACAGGAAGAAGAGAUCGAUCAGAAUGGGCCGACGAGCAACGACAUCAUCGAGACGAUGGGCACGGUCGCCGAAGAAGUGGGCAGCCUGGAGGUUGCGUUUUUGUACGAUGCACCGAUGCGGGAGAUGACGGUACACGUGUUGCAAGGACGAAAUUAUCCCGAGGGUAUAGGCGGUAGUCAGGUACGUCUGGUACUUUUACCGUCGAAGAAGCAACGACGCAAGACCCGUGUCCGUCAGGGUACGUCCCCGCAGUACAUGGAAAGUUACCUUCUACCCCGCGUGAACCCAGAGGAUGUGAACGCGAUGGGUGUACGUUUAAGAGUCUACCUGUGGAGCGGAAGGAUGCGCCGUGAGAGACUGCUCGGCGAAGCCAGAGUCUCCUUCGAUCAGAUUAAUCUUCAGCUCGAGACGACUCUGUGGUUAACGCUACAACCACCGCCAUCGUCCUCGGUGCAAGAAUGGGGAACAACCAGUAGCUUGACGCGUAGCGAUUCCACGGGAUCUCAGCAAUCCGUUCAGUCGUACGCAUCGCCCACCGUGCCUCCAUACGGCAGCAGCAUGAAGGGCGGAAGCGUGGCAGAGAUACUAAUAGGCUUGGCGUACAACGGGACAACAGGACGUUUGUCGGUAGAAAUAAUCAAAGGGUCUCAUUUUCGGGGUGGCGGCGGAAACGACACGAAACCGCCCGACACGUACGUCAAGCUUGCACUCGUGGACAGCAACGGUCACGAAAUGGGACGAUCGAAAACUGGUUUGAAACGUGCUCAGCCCAAUCCUCUUUACAAGGAAACGUUUAUAUUCCAGGUUGCUCUGUUCCAACUCGGGGACGUAACGCUCUUCCUGUCGGUUUACAAUCGGCGAAGAGGAGGCAUGGGGAGGAAAGGCAGAGAAAUGAUCGGCUGGCUCAGUCUGGGACUGAACAGCUCGGAGGAACUUCAGCACUGGAACGACAUGCGCGCGGCAAGGCAGCCAACGCAAAUUCAACGCUGGCAUUCGCUGCUGCGUCCUUGAGAUGCCCGACUAUGAAAGAGUGCCUGUUACGGAGAAAAAUAUUUUACAUUAACGAUAAACGAUACAGUUUGAUCGAUAAAGAAACAUCAAACACGCUGUGGGUAACGCGCGCUCGUUGGCGCGUCUUGGCACGACUGAUCGUUUAAUAGGAAGCCAUAAAAAAAAAAAAAAAAAAAAAAAGAAAAAAAACAGAAGGCGAAGAACACUUUUAACGAAACAAACGGCUGCCGUUCGUAUUGGAUGCGCUGUCUACUGCCCGAAUAAGAUCACCUGAAGUCAAUCGGAGCUGUCUUCAUUCUUUACGUACGUGGGUAACUCUGAGUUACGAAACUCUAUCGAUGUACCAAGUACAUUCCUUUUUGAUACGCCGGACGGAGUUGUGGGUGUUUUCAACAUACAUAUUACGUAUGUAUAUCACAUAUGCAUCAAGAAACUGAAAAAGAACGCGAACAUGAGACACGCGUACACAUAAAUCGCACACUUUUACACGUUCAUGUACACACACGCGCGUGUACGCAAGGUGUUUCGUCUGCCUGGAUCGGCCAAGAUCAGAAGGGAUAAAUAUCGGCGAUAAAGCAAACCUUAAAGAAUCGUUUCGUUCAGCGAGUCGAUUCGGACAACAAACAAACAAACUUCUUCCUUAAGAUAUUUCUAUUAUAAUCAUCGAAAGAAAUCAACGAGAUAUUAAGGUGAUCGAGAUAAACGAAACGACUUGCGUACAUGCAAUUUUAUCGAUCUUAAAUUAACCGCGCACAAGUAAACGGACCGCGUAACCGUGGCAUGAAAUUUUUUAAACUCGAUAUGUGCCUGAGCCGACAACCAUGAUCGUUUAUUUUUUACUUUGUGCCUUUCACCAUUUUUAGGCCGCGUGUCCGUCGACGGAGAAUCGUCGUGGGAUACCCAGCCGAGUCGAGGGCCCCGUAUACGAAAACACGCGCGAUCCUCUAGUUCUUCUUUGGACGGGCUAGCCGAGCGAAAUACACAAUACCCUAUUUUUCUUUCGCUCUCGCGAUUUCGCCACAUUUUCAACGGACAUGCCUACGCAUGCAUAAUGCUUGUCACGAGCCGAAACGACGAGUCCGCGAAUCAACGCGUGUGGUUCGAGAAUGGAUUGUCACGCGCGAUCUACGGGAUCGGUCCCCCUUGCUGCAGGGCCUAGGGCGAUCCUUGGAUCGGUGCACUUUUCUCGGAUCCGAGAAUAACAAAGUACGCGAGGCUGUGAAAUUCUUGUAGUCUCUUUUUCGUUUCACUUGGUACGUUCUCUCUGUUCUCUCUUCGAUGCCGUUAACACGUUCAAAGUCUUAACGAUCUGCAUACGUGAAACGGUUUUUACUUUGGAAUUGGUCGAGUGCAAGUAUCGCCCGUAUACGUUGAUCCGAAAUUUGAACCGUUAUUAAUCGACUAACUAAAGAAACAGUUGUGUUUCAGGGACGAUGACGGACGAUGGUGGAAAUGUUCAAGGGAGUAGCUGGAAACAUUGAUUACCAUGAAAAUAUGUAUCUCCUCUUGUUACGUUCGAGCGAUAGGAUGCGAUUUAAACGCGGACUGUGAACGUGUUGCGACAGUGACAGGAAGCGCGCAAAGGUCUCUCGCAAGUUAAAGGCAAAGCUUUAGAUUUUUGUUAGACGAUUAGCUGUAUCGCUGAAACUCCCAUCGACACACUUUAUUCCUAUUACAUAUAUUUCGUGUUUCCACGAUAUGUAUAGGCAACCUGACUAGGGGAUCGAACGGUUAAUUCGAACAGAUGGUUGGGACAGGGAACCGUGGAAGUACGAGGGCGAACAUUCACGAUUCAAUGACGCACAAUAAAACUCGCAAAGCACACCCCUCGUAAACGCAGAUGUGAUUCUAGAGUUGAUAUUACUUAACUAAAACUAGAGACGUACACGGUAUCGCGUGACUACGGUAAACGUAGAUUAUCCAUACGUUUAUAUGUAUAUUAGAGAUUUUGAUUCAACCGGCCGAAAUUAGGCGACUGAUUA